AUGAGCACCUACAACUGUAUUGCCUACAACUGCUGUGCCUACAACUGUAUCACCUACAUCUGCAGCACAUACGACCACUGCCCGAACAACUGCUUCACCUACAACUGCUGCCACAACAACUGCCUCCCAUACGACUACUGCUCCAACAACCUCAGCACCGACAACUGCACAGCACCUACAACUGCAGCGGAUACAACUGCUGUGGCUACAACCACUGCUGCUACUACUGUUGCUCCUACAACUGCUGCUCCAACGAAUGAUGCACCUACGACUGCAGAAGCUACAACCGCAGAACCUACAACUGGUGCACCUACAACUGCAUUGCCUACGACUGCUGCACCUACAACUGAUGCCCCUACAACUGUUUCGCCAACGAGUGCUGCACCUACAACUGUCACGGCUACAAAUGAUGCACCUGCCACUGCUGCUGCAACUACUGCAGCACCUACAACUGCUGAGCCUACAACUGCAUCACCUACAACUGAUGUACCUACAACUGCUGCACCUACUACUGGUGCCCCAACAACUGUUUCGCCUACAACUACUGCCCCUACAACAAUAGCACCCACAACUGCUGCACCUACGACUGUUUCCCCAACAACUGCAGCACCUACAACUGCUGAGCCUACAACUGCAUCACCUACAACUGCUGCGGCUACAACCGCUGCAGCUACUACUGUUGCACCUACAACUGCUGAGCCUACAACUGCAUCACCUACAACUGCUGCGGCUACAACCGCUGCAGCUACUACUGUUGCUCCUACAACUGCUGCACCAAUGACUGCUGCCCCUACAACAAUAGUAGCCACAACUGCUGCACCUAUGACUGUUGCCCCAACAACUGCAAAACCUACAACUGCUGCUCCAACAACUGCCUCCCGUACGACUACUGCUGCAACAACCUCAGCACCUACAACUGCAGCACCUACAACUGAUGCGGCUACAUCUGCUGCCCCGACAACUGCUUCGCAAAGGACUGCUGCACCUAGACCUGUCGAGGCUACAACUGAUGCAUCUACCACUGCUGAGCCUACAACUGCUGCACCUACAACUGCUGCGGCAACCACUGCAGCAACUACAACUGCUGAGCCUACAUCUGCAUCACCUACAACUGCUGCGGCUACAACUGCUGCAGCUACUACUUUUGCCCCAACAACUGCUGCACCUACCACUGCUGUGGCUACAACUACAACAACAACAACUGAUGCGGCUACAUCAGCUGCCCCGACAACUGUUUCGGCUAAGACUGCUGCCCCUACAACAAUAGCACCCAUAACUGCUGCUCCAACGACUGCUUCACCUGCAACUGUUGCUCCAACGACUAAUGCACUUACAACUGCUGCGCUUACAACUGCUUUGCCUACGACCGCUGCCCAAACAACUGCAUCUCCUACGACUGCUGCAGCUACUACUGUUGCUCCUACAACUGCUGCACCUACAACUGCUGCCCCUACAACAAUAGAAGCCACAACUGCUGCACCUAUGACUGUUGCGCCAACAACUGCAGAACCUACAACUGCUGCCCCAACAACUGCCUCCCGUACGACUAAUGCUGCAACAACCUCAGCACCUACAACUGCAGCACAUACAACUGAUGCGGCUACAUCUGCUGCCCCGACAACUGCUUCCGCCUUCAACUGUUCCUCCAACGACUGCUGUGCCUACAACUGCUGCGCCUACAUCUGCUUCGCCUACAACUGCUGCACCUACAACGUCUCGACCUGCGACUACAGCACCUACUACUAUAGUAGCGCCUUCAACUGUUGCUCCAACAACUGCAGCGCCUUCAACUGUUGCUCCAACGACUUCUGUGCCUACAACUGCUGCGCCUACAUCUGCUUCGCCUACAACUGCUGCACCUACAACGUCUCGACCUGCGACUACAGCACCUACUACUAUAGUAGCGCCUUCAACUGUUGCUCCAACAACUGCAGCGCCUUCAACUGUUGCUCCAACGACUUCUGUGCCUACAACUGCUGCGCCUACAUCUGCUUCGCCUACAACUGCUGCACCUACAACGUCUCGACCUGCGACUACAGCACCUACUACUAUAGCUACAACCGCUGCGGCUACAACCGCUGCGGCUACUACUGUUGCCCCGACACCUGUGUCACCUACAACUGCUGGGCCUACAACUGCUUCGCAUACAACUGCUCCGCCUAUGACCGCUGCCCCAACAACUGCUUCUCCUACAACUGCUGCCCUGACAACUGCAGCAACGACAACUGUAGCACCUAA